UUUUGGGCUGGCAUACAGCUCUGACUCAGGGCUGUAUCUGCCCACUAAUGAUCUGGUGCCUACAGCCCGCUUCUGAUCUGAGGUAUCUGAGCCCAUCUUGUCUCCUUGAAGGCAGCAAAAAGCGUUGCUGCCAUAAUAGCACUUUGUGGCUUUACUGUAAUAAUCUGGUGGCAGAGAAGGCAUGAUUUUGGGACUCUCAGUGCCCUGAGAGGACACAGGCUGCUGCUCUUGCCAGCAAGAGGGUAUCCUGGAAGAACUGGCCUCUAUGCACCUGCCUGAGGAUGAGCUACAACACAACCAAAAAUGCAGCAAUUGCAGCAUCAGAAUCACUAUGAGCAAGACCGGAGUGCACUUAAGCGGAAAGAAUGGGAGAGAAGAAACCAGGAAGUCCAGCAAGAUGAAGAUCUCUUUGCUUCAGGUUUUAACCUCUUUGGGGAACCCUACAAGACAAAUAAAGGUGAUGCCCUUGCAAACCGUGUCCAGAACACAUUGGGAAAUUAUGAUGAGAUGAAGGAUCUAUUAACCAACCACUCCAACCAGAGCCACCUUGUAGGAAUCCCGAAGAAUUCUGUCCCACAGACACCCAUUGACAAAAAUGAACAGAACUUUUUCCCAGAACCAAGGAACAGGAUGAUCCCAUCUCAUCAGAUCAGCGGCAACUCAUCAACAGCAAUGCCUCCACCUUCUUCACUGUCAUCUAACUCUACUUUGCUACACAGCCACCAGAGCAGCAGGAAGUCGAGGACAGAUUGGUCACGCAGUGGUCACAACCCCAGUGGGGCCCAACCAAGCCAAUCCAGUGGCCAGCAGAGUCGGACAAAGCACAGCUCUUCUCAUGACCAGUCACAGGGCAGAUAUGAAGAUCUCUAUAAUUGCCAGAGUGAGCAGCAUAAAAGUGGGGGAACUGAGGAAGCAAACGCUAUGGCAACAUCUUCACAUUCAAGGAGGCACACUCAUGCAAAGUCAGCUCCUGGAGAACACACUUAUAAAGAAAACAGUCAUUCAAAGUCACCCACAGAGCUUGAGUUUGUAGGCCAUGGUCCUGGAUCUCCACUUCCUUCCACUUCUUUGUUAACUGCAAACAAUGGUCUUUCGACUCAGAAUUUCCCACCAGGACUUCACUGUAAAAACAGCAUGGUCCAGCAGAAGCCUACAGCUUAUGUCAGGCCUAUGGAUGGUCAGGACCAGGUACCCAAUGACUCACCCGAACUGAAACCCCCAAUAGAAAUUGAGAGUGGAUAUGGAAAUCAGUCUUUUGGAACUCUGCUGGAAGGAAAAGUGAACACACCUAGUUCGAAGAACAAAGUACCAAAGCUCAACAUUCCUCCUGUUAGUGAAGUUGCCCUUCCCAAUGAUUCCAGCUGUGUGGAAGAAAUACUGCGAGAGAUGACCCAUUCCUGGCCUCCUCCUCUUACUGCUAUUCACACUCCCGGCAAGGCUGAGCAGACCAAGUUUUCUAUCCCAAACAAGGACUCCCAACAUCUGACCUCAGGAUACAAUGUACAAAAGUGGAGUGAUCCAGCAGGGAAAGUUGCAACUAAGUCAGUGCCACAAAAGUCAAUGCUUGAGGAUGAUCUAAAACUCAGCAGUGAUGAAGAUGACAAUGAACAGGCUGCUGAAAAGACAAAAUUGAGAAACAUUCCUGUAAACAGUCUCCCAGUGCCAGUGGCACAUGCCUCUGGAUUGGCCCAUUCCAGUGGCGGCUCUGGCAGCUCCAGCGAGUCCGAGAGCAGCUCUGAGUCCGACUCUGAUAGUGAGAGCAGCUCCAGUGACAGCGAGUGCAAUGAGGAGUCACGCAGUGCCACGCCAGAGCCUGAACCCCCCUCAACAAAUAAAUGGCAGCUGGAUAAAUGGCUAAAUAAAGUGAACCCCCCCAAUAAGACCAUCAUCAACAAUCAAAAUGAGCCUCACAGUGAGAGCAGCUCCCAGCCCCAGAGCAACCAGCAGCCUGAAGGGCCAAACAAAGGGAAGCUCAACAGCAGCCUGCCCCUGACUGAUUCCAAAGACCGGGCGAUCCUCAGUCCCAUCCGAGAGAAAGCCAAACCACGAGUUUCCCAGAAAACUCCAGAGGCAAAAAGCUCCAAGCAGAAAUCACCAGCUCAUAAUGAGCCAACUUCACAAAGGACUACCGGGAAAAAGCAACCCAAAAAGGUAGAAAGGACUUCCAGCGUAGAAGAGUAUAACUGGCCCAAACCAAAUAAUACCAGCAACACUCCCAAAGAAAAAGACACACAGGAACCCCCCGAGCAGCCAAAGGUUCGAACUAAAGCAGCAGUUGGGAAGACAGCUCCAAGGAAAGAACCACGAACGAGCACAGGUCUCACUUCAGAGAAGAAAAAGUACAGAGGCCCCAGCAAAAUUGUCCCGAAGUCACGGGAGUUCAUUGAAACUGAUUCAUCUACUUCUGACUCAAACACAGACCAGGAGGAGAACUUGCAGGCGAAGGUGCUGCCAGCCUGCACUGGGUCUGGCAGUGGUGUCAAAGUGAAGGAUUCUGGCAGUAACAUCCUCAGCGUAAGUAGCUUAACCAGCAAUGGCAGUAACACAUCCAUUGACCAGACCAGCAAUGAUCUGGAGGAGCAGCUUUUUUCUCCUAUCCCAAUUGUACAAAAUGAACUUCUGUCCCCACUGAGAGAAUAUGAAGAACUCAAAUCUCUGUGGGUGAAAAUAGACCUUAGUUUACUCUCUAGGAUACCUGGACAGGAAACUUUUGAGACCACGUCUGUGAAAAGUGAACUGAGAGAGGCAAAUGUGAAACACAGGCGGCCAUCUCGAGACUCCCCUACCCCAACAGCUGAAAAACCCUCCGCAAAAUCCAAAAGGAAACACAAGAUGGAAAGCCUGGAUACCUUUGCUGAAAGCAAGAAGCAGCGCCUGGAGGAGCCUCCUGCUUCCUGUCUGCUCCCACCUUGUAUAUCUCCAAUACCGAACCACAGAAUAACCAGCACUAAAGAAAGCAACAGUAGCUCAGUGAAGAAGGUGACAAAGAAAAGAGAAGAGAAGCUGUUUCCUCCUCCCUUGUCCCCACUCUUGGAUGAUCCUGUGCACCGGCGGCACAGCAGUGACAACGGCUCCUUCAGCCAGGAGCCCACUGUCACAAACACCUCACAGACCAGCAGCUCUUCCUCCUCUGUUUCUAAACACAGAAAGAAUGAAAAUAAAUCUUCUUCUAACCCCAAAGGAAUCUGUGAGGAAGAAUCUCACAGUACACCCACAGCCAACACUCUUCUUGACACCAGCCAUCUAGAGUCAGACAUCUGGUCUGCAAUGCCAACACUUUCCAAUGGGAAUUCUGAGCCCAGAAGACCCAAAAUAACAUUUGAUGAUGUGCUUCACAAUGCAGAUUAUUACAUGCAAGAGGCUAAGAAGCUGAAGCAUAAAGCAGAUGCACUGCUGGAGAAGUUUGGUAAAGCAGUGAAUUAUGCUGAUGCUGCCCUCUCCUUCAUCGAAUGUGGAAAUGCUAUGGAGCGAGAUCCAUUAGAAGCUAAAUCUCCAUACACCAUGUACUCAGAGACUGUGGAACUCAUCAGGUAUGCAAUGAGACUCAAGAAUUUCACAGGCUCUUCUGCCACAGAAGGGGACAAGAAAUUAGCAGUUUUAUGCUACCGAUGCUUAUCACUUCUCUACUUGAGAAUGUUUAAACUAAAGAAGGACCAUGCUAUGAAGUACUCCAGAUCUCUGAUGGAAUAUUUUAAGGGUUUUACAAGGUGCUACACAGACGUGAAAGGCAGAAUGAGUAAGCAGAACUCUUCAAAAGCCUCUCAGGCCCCCUCACCUUGGGGCGGCAAUGGAAAGAGUACAGAAACUCCCUCACCCAUGUCCCUGAGCCCAUCCCCCGUCAGCUCUGCUGGAAGCAGCACAGGGACCACCUGCUCGUCCUCGGCCGGGACCAUCACCAUCCCCCAGCGCAUCCACCACAUGGCUGCCAGCCAUGUCAACAUCACCAACAAUGUCCUGCGCAGCUAUGAGCACUGGGACAUGGCUGACAAGCUGACCAAGGAGAACAAAGAGUUCUUUGUAGACCUGGACUCAGUGAUGGGACCCUUAACACAACACAGCAGUAUGACCAAUCUGGUUCGUUACGUUCGCCAGGGACUCCACUGGCUCCGCGUUGAGGCUCAUUUAUUGUAGUGACUGAUGCCCUAUUCAUGACAUCCCCAUUCUUCUACCUCUACCAGCGCAGAGACGAUCACUGGUGGAACUCCACUCAUUUUUGAAAGUUUAUUCACGUAACUUCAUUUUUAUUGCCUUUUUUAAUAUCCUAUCUAUUGGAAGUAGAAGUCACCAUAAAUGAAACUUAUGACUCAAGAGCCGUAUGUGUUGUAUCAUCUAAUAAUUUUUGACAAUUUUCUAUGCCUUGUGUCUCCUGGAUCCUGCCAUCCUUAUGUGCUUUAUGGAACGGUACAGUCCUUGCAGUAUUGUUUUAAGUCCAUGCUGCCUUCAAGUGAACACAAAAAAAGCACUUUGAGAAGAUUGGGCUCCUGAGAAAUAGUACAAAGCGUCUUAAAUAUUUAAGGGUAUAUAUGAGAAGUCCCUUCUGAAAUAAAUUAGUUGAAAUUAUAGCUAUUCAUUCAAAAUAAUCUUCUGAACCUGAACCAAGCUUUUUGACGCUUAAUUCUGGCAUCAUUACUUGACUCAGUACAUUCCUAAGAUUUUAUACUUCCUAUAGGUUUAAUCUCUAAAAAAAAUCAUUGAAUAUUUUACAGGUACAGAAUGUAAGAUCACCAAAGGUGUUAAGAGGUAAAAGGUUGAAGGAAAGCCUCAUUAAAGAACGAUGACACACUAUGCAAUGAGGUUUUGAUAUUCCAUUCCUCCAGUUUAUUGUUUGUUUAAGAAUUUCAGUAGGCAGCAGAAUUUAUUGCAGUUUUUAAGCAUUUUCAAAAUAUUAGCUUUCUUAGUCUUAUCUACUAUUCCUAUACUAAAUCUGUGAGUUUUCUUUAUUUUUAGUCUCAAACAAAUACUUAUCCAAGAUUUUUCUUCAUAGAACAAUCUCUCCUUGCAUAGUGACUCACUGAAAGAUUUUAACAGGACUGCUGCACUCUAAGCAUUGAUAUUGUAUGUAGAAGCCCAUUAAUAAGUGUAUGCAGAUUCUUUAUGAACUGUCUAGAAGUUUAACUAACCAGCUACUGUUGAAACAUUAUAAUUCCAUGUAGCAUCAAUUUUCACCUGUUUUGUUCAUUUCAGAGCAUUAGAAACUAACAGUAUUAUCUUGCUAUCUUCAAAACAAUGUCAAAUUAAAUAAAAUCACCAGAUUUACCCAAAAGCAAUAUAACAUUUGUUUAAUAAUGGCCAUGAAUACUUCAGUCAGAUUACCUUUUUUCCAAGCUCUGCAUCUGUUUACCCAUGCCGUCAUGUUUUGGACCAUUCCUCUAAUGCGUGAAUACUAAUGAGACAAUUCAGAUAGAAUUUCAAAGCAAUUGUGAAUAAAUUGCACCAUUUCACAUUUGCUCUUUCCUCUUAUUUUUUUCCCCUGUUAUAAACUGCACUGCUCUUCUGGUGCCACUGCAAGAGGCGCUGGUGCAUGAAACAAAACAAAAUGGAUUUAUAUCAAUAAUUCACAAGUUUUUAAAUGGUCUCAUCUCAUUCUUGAUAUAAUGCCUGCAUACCUUACUGAACUGUAAAUUCCAUUUCUAUAAACAUGCUCAUAGCAAUGUAAAUAUUAUUCUGACUCAUCUCAUUGAAAUAAUACAAUAUGUGUAUUAAAUGCCAUCCAGAUAUUAGUUAAUUGCAAUUACUUUCUGCUAUAUAAAACUGUAUAUUCUUUAAUCCAGUGAGUUAUUGGAUUCUACUCACUGGGUUGUGGCCAGAUAAAUAGGACAAAUUUGCAUUUAAAAGGUUCAGACUGUUAAGGUUUUCAGAGCAGGCCUUGAAUAUUUGCAAUAAGAGCAGUUUAAGGACUCUACCAAGUGCACAUUUAAGACAAACAUUUCUUUAGCUGUUGGAUAUUAGCUUCCUAUAGUACUACCUUUUCUUACAAAUCAAUAAUUCCUAACAUUUUUUUUCCCAAGACUGUAUUGUAAACACUGCCAACAUGAAUCAUUAGAGAAAUUAUCUAAUGAUAAUAGGGUUUUCUGCAAAGGAUAUUUGCAGAACAUGCACAUCCUGUAUUAUCUGCACAUUCCUGUUACUGAAGUGGUUGAUUCACCCUUAUCUGUUCUCUGAGGGUUUCAGUAACACAGCUGAAACCUGAAUCUGACGCAUUGGUCACACCGACUCUGGCCCCAGUAGCUAAUGAAUAAAACCACGGCAGUCUGAGCUAUUCAGGAAUGUAGAUGAAUGGUGGUGGUCAGGGGUUUUUUAAAGUAAAAGAAAAGUAAACAUUUGAAAUAUUUUUUUUAACAGGUUGGGUACUUGAGAUGAAGGUUGAGCUGAUUUUGUCAUAAGCCAGAGUUUUCCAUUCUUUUUGCAAGUAACUAUUUAGUCUAAUUAAUUAUAUUGUCAUCACUUGCUCCUUUAAUGUAGAUCAAAAUCCAAGACUUCCAUGCAUUUACAAAGGAUAGCAAUGUCUUGAAGACAGUCUUCAGACACAGGGGUCUUCAGAAUUUGCUGCAGUCAUUCAGUGAUCACCAUAUAUUAUCUUUCCCUUGUUGCUUGUGGUAAACAGGCUCCUAUCUCUAAAUUUACCCCAUGUUCAACAAUCUUUUGCUUAAACAGCUUAAGGAAUUAGUUGUCCUGAUUUUGUAUCCUGUGAGUUAGGUUGAAAUGUGUGCUGAAUCAAUGGCAUGAUGAUAAUAAGUCCAGCAGUCAAGUCUAGGAUCACAACCCAACUUACUAUUUAGCAGUCUUGUUUCAAAAGCAGCUUAGAAACACAUUAAAUAUGGAGAGAAAAUUAUUGUCUUAUCCCCAGGGAUGAUGCUUCUUUUGGGUUAGUUAUUAAGGAUUAUUGCACUUUUACAGGCACUAUAUUCAUCUCAUUUCAAUUGCCAACAUGUCAUUUUCAUGGAAUCAUUUUACCCCUUAAAAUAUUACUUCCAGCAGAGCUAAUCAAAUGAGAUUGUUUUUUAUUUCAAUCCAUGGGGAAGCAGUAUGUCUGUGCUUGGGCAUUUGCAAUGUCUGCACUUAAAACUGCCCAAUUCAGGCGUUCAAAAUUAUGAACCAAGCAUCAAAAAUUACAAGAUUGGAUUAAAAUUGUGGUUUAGUUUUGUUGGAUUUUUUUAAUAAACUCUUUGAUUCUUGUAUUGCCAAAUACAGGAUGCUGAGCUUUGGGACUGAUUUCAUGACACAUUUUCAGGCAUUUUACAAGCAUGCCAAGGGCUGGAACUGACAUAUUUGUUUUUAAUAGUGAUAAACUGGAACAGUGAUGCAAUCUCUUGACUUCUGUAGCUGGAUUGAAGAAAGACACCAAGCUUCGUAAAACAUUGCCAGAACUGACAAGACUGUAAUUUGUGACCAUGGCUGAGAAGGUUUGGAGCUGUAUAAAGAGUUCAGCAGUGAAGGGAGCAGGCCUGUAAAGGGCUAAACUUAGGCACUUGAGGUUUAAGACCCAAGGGCAGAAAAGUCCUAAAUGCUCAAGAGAGGCAUUUACAAAGCACUUAAUCUCCACUUCAAGGGCCGAAGCAGGUUUUAAGUAUUUGACAAGGUGCAGGCAGAAUAUCCAGCUCCCAUUGCAGGGAACAUCUCCAGCUAUGUGAUUUGUGUUUGGGUAUUCUAGAGCAGGGAGCAGAGGGAAAGCCUUUUUGCGAUAGUGUUGGUGGCAACUUUGACAGCUUGCAUCUUAUAGCUUAAUUUCUCUUUUUCUUACAUGUUCUUUGUACUUUCAAUUGUUUAAAUAUUCUCUCUGUGAUUGCUUCAUUUAUAAAUUAUCUCCUUUGAAAGGUAGACACAGAUCUGUUCCUAGUUAUGCGGGGCAUUUUCAAAAAUAGGAUCUGAGAUCUUUCCUCUUAAAGAAACAAAAUAAGCCAAUUGAAUCUGGAAUUUAAUUUCCAUGCUUUUUUUAAAUUUCACGGAUUUUAUUAUGUUAUUCUAUUAUGACAAUUUAGAUUCACUAAUGUUUUUAGAUUCUUUGGAAAAAACUGUUUCAAUGAGUUUUUAUCAGCCUUUAAUACUGUGUAAAUCCAGUUAUUAGUCUUGUAAGUGAAAAUUAACAGAUAACAAAAAUGGAGUUGGUAGGGAUUCUGACUUGAGUAAUAAUGUACUUCAUUGCUUAGAGUUCAGGAGAAAUUCCAUGCAGCAUUGAAGCAAGUCCAUGAGUAUGAGUGUGUGUACACAUCUGAGUAGAUUUAUGUGUGGAUUUGCAGCAGAAAGUCCUUGUUCAUUACUUCAUAGCACAGGAGGAAAGAUAUGGUAGCUGUAAACAGAAAACAUUCCUACCACUGCUGGUGGCAGUGGCAUUAUUCAGGUGUAGUUUGUGCAUAGUCCUGUUUGCAUCUACUGCCUCUUGCAAACAAUGAAGCAGUGGCAGAAAGUAGCAACAAUUCUGUCAUUUUAGUUCUGUGGUCCCUGUAGUAAGAGCUGAAUGUGCUGUGUCAACAUACUGUUUUCCAGGUAAACUCAUUUGCCAUAGACCAGUGUCUUGAAGCUUUAAGAAAGACAAAAUAUUCAACAAGUCACCAAAGAAAAUGAAGUUGCUAUUCUGAAGCAAGUGUAGAAGUGUCCCAACUGCAGGCAGGCUGCAGACGAAGGGGUCUUUGCAAAGGGCCUUUCCCCUCUCAGUAUCUUCCUGACCUGACCUGAAUGCACUGGGAGUGAGGCAAAGGGGAUGAAGAUGGGAAACUAAUCUACUGUCCUUACGAUAUCUUCCAGCUUUACUUUACAUGCUACUUUAUAAAUAUAAAUAAAACAAGUCAAUGUUGGGAGAGCUCAGUUCCUCAGUUUCCAAUAAUCCUCCUGAACUUCCAUGACAUAACCAGAGCACAUCAAUGCGUAAAGGCAUUCUCUGUUGUCUAAUGAGAUAUGUGUAUAUAGGGGUAUAUUUUAGUUAUAUCACUUGAUAUUUAGCCUAAAUGUAUAGGCUAAAAGCUAUUAAGGUCUCCUCCAUUACUGAAACCUCUGCCACUGAAUGCAAAAUGUCCCGCCUGACUUAGAGAGUAGUCAUCUUCUCCCCAGUACCCUUGUCAGACCUGCCUUUCUGAUGUACUUGGUAGCUUUCCUUAAGCCAUUUUGUUUCAGAGAUAUUUAGUCUUCCAAGAUCAUCUGAUCAUCUCACACCAGUUUAAAUCUCUUGUGGUGGCUGCUGAAGUCAGGAUAGAUUGCAUUCAGAUCUUGCGUUCAACUCGGGGGAGGACAUGACUCUAUAGAGAGAGAUGAGAGCAGAUGAGUUACUACAUAAAACUGGUGUCAGGUGAGAAUCAAACCUGGCCUCAUCAGGAGGCACUGCAGCAGAAAUACUGUGAUGAAAAGCUGUUCCCAGAACCACAGGGUGUGUAGUGACAUUUCAGGCAGCUCACUGGCACUGUAAUCAUAUUAGGCAAUGGUAAAGAUGCCAAGAGUGGUUUAAAGAAAGUGGGAGAAGCUGCUGUGGUCUGACAUCGUGAAUUGAAGCUGAGUGUGCUUCUUGGGAAAGGGGACUUAUUACUGUUGAUGUGUCCUGCAAAAUAAUACCUAUACCAUGGUAUCCUGUGAAAUUAGAAUACAGCAGCACCACAUCCAGUUCUUCAGUCCACCUCAGAGUGCCACCUCAUGUCACAGAGAGGUAUUUCUUGUCACUACCUUGAAGUCACCAUCCAGUUAAACCAUUAUUUUUACUUUAUUUGUACAACAGAAGCAAGAACCAAGCCCAAAGGCCCACAUAGUCCUGGCCACUGUACUGGGGGUCCAGUGCUGUGCCCAAGAGGACUGAGAGACCCCAGCCCCACUGCCUGGGUGAGCAGAGCUGUGGCUCCGCAUUGCUUUCAGGUCUUGGUCCUCUGCAGCUGCAGAUGGAUUGGGAUUUGAGCACUCACUUGUACUUGCACUGAAUCUGGAAAUGCCAAUCAAGCUGACAGAAGCUGUGCACACAUGACAGCAUAGAACUCAGUCAGUACCUACUGUACACAGAAUUAGAAUUUAAAUCGUGGUGUCCACAGAACCACUCAUGCUUACAGGACUCCAACUGAGUCCCACUGAUGCCAGUCUAAAAGGUCAUGUGACUGGACAAUGCGGCUGUUUGAGACUUGUUUUCUUCUUUGAUUUUAACUGAGUUUCUCUAUCUGCAAGUUCCAUAAGCUCUCUGUGCUAGAUAUAAGUUUACUCACAACUGUGUGAGUACAUUGUAAUACCAUUGAAAGGCCCUUCAAGUAUAGAUAGCCCUACUUUCCACUCAUCUCAUUUAUUUUCUUCUCAGAAUUCAAAGGAAGGUCAGAUUCUGAGGUGAAUUUAAUUGUUUUAUUGAACAAAAGUAACUACAAUGGACCAAAAUUUGAGCUAAGCAAAUGUAAAGUAACAGUAAAAAAAGUAAAAAUAACUUGGCUCAACUGGUGGAAUUCAUGGCACCAAAUUCUGCUGUCUUGUGGCAUUAGUGCAAGUCUUACAGAGCUUGCUGAGUACUUUUUAUCAGAGGAGAAGCUGGAUAAACAAAAAUGGCAUACCCUUACUGGAGUUAUGUGUAUUAGGCACAAUUGCAUUAACCCAAUUCAUUGAAUGGAAUUCCAUCCAUUUUUGUUCUGGCUGGGCACUCAUCUCACUGAAAGUAGUUCAAGGUCUCUGGACUAGAGCUGAAUAACUGCAAAAAGAUUUGCUCUUCGACCAGACCAUGUGUUGACUCAGCCCUUGCUCAGGGAAACCACCACUGAUUUCAGUGACAAGUAACAAUGUUAUGGACACAGAGGAACACCGGCAAGAGACAUUUACCCUUGAAUUUAUGAAAGAACUGAAUAGUAGAUAGCAACACAAGUGUUUUAUUUAUAACAGAGGUAGAGUACAAGUUCCUCAGCUGGUGUAAACCAGUAUAGGAGUACUGAUUUCAGUGGAGUUAAUCCAAUAUGCACACACCAAGGAGUAAACCCUCUAACCCCAGACUAAUUUUUGCCAGUGUAUCUCUAUGCAGAUAAAUUCCCAAAGCUUUUAUCAUCAUGCCUCUUUACUGAUCAUGCCAUUGAAAUGAUUAAUGUACCAUAAUCCUUGCCUAUGAGGAAAUAUUGUACUUUGCAAAGCUAUGCAGUGUACAGCACAUCAUAAAACAGCUUUAGACCACACAGUCUGUGGGGAGACGCAUUAUCAGAAAUGCGAUGAACAAAGCAUCUUUUGAUCUGAUGUUGAUUACACCUCACUCUGCACUUCCACAGCUGAGUUUUUCAUACAAACCAAGUGAUGGCUGCAUGUAUCUGAUGACUGAGGGCCAAACCAUCAGCUGAUGUGCCUCUAAGUAGCUCUGUGGAUGUCAGUGCUGAUUUACACUGGGUGAAAAACCAGUCCUCUCCCUUUUCAUACUGUGCUGCAUGCCCUAAUGCAGCUUUAUAAAUGCACACUGAGGCUGAGCGAAUAUUGAACUAUUCUGAUUCAGCACCAGAUAAUCCCUGCUAAAAAAAAUUGGAGGGUAAUUCCGGCCUGCCAACUAGAUUUGCAUAUGUUUUGGUUUUAACUAAAGGCAUGGUGCAAUUUCAUUACCUCCCAGUUUAAAUAUUUACUGGCAUCAGCAUUAGCUUGCACAGAAAGAUGGUAAAUAAAUUCAAACAUGUCAUAUAUUCUCUCAGUCUAGAGAUGGAAUCUGUUACCUUAGUUCAAAGACAUGCUAAAGUGGUUUUUCUAAGCCAAAUGGGUUCUGUACAUUCAGAAGUCUUGGCAAAUAUUUAUCUAGGCCCAAUUCUGCUGUUCUUCCCCUGAGCAUCCUGGUCAGCACGUUGCUCCACUGAAGUCCACAGAAGUAACUGUGUGAACUGGUGCUUAGCACACAGAUUGCAGAAGCAGGCACUGAAUAUAUUAGGUUGCAAUCAGAGGUUUAAUUUUAGCCAUAUGUAUCAUUUGAGGACACUGAAAAAUGAUGUACAUCUCAUCCAAGCUGACAGUCCUUGUAUUUCCAUAAAAUAUUGUAUAAUUUAUUCCUGUCUGUAUUUUUGACAUCUCUGGAUUGCAUGUCUUCUACUGAAUCUUAAAUGCUGUUUCUUUUUAAACCCACAUUCAAAAGGUUUAGGAUAUAACAUCACAGAAUAUGAAAACAAGUCAAAGAUUUGGUGAUGUUUUGCUUUGGUUUUGAGCUCUCCUUUCUGAGUUUCUGUUUUGGCUUGGCUGUGGUACUCCCAGAAGUUUUGGAAUGGUUCAACUCAAUUAAAGUUCCUUCCUGUCAUUUGGGAAAAAGGAAAAAUAAUAACAAAAUAGAACUAAGGUUCAGGAAAAGUAAUUCUGGCAAACUUGGUGGGUGUUUGCUCUUCCUAGCUGUCCUGAUUUUUUUAACCCUGCCAUGUUGGGUUCUCUGUCUGUGGGUUCUCUCACCCACCAUUUCUGGCUGUGGCAAAUACUAUUUUUUUUCUUUUUUUUUUGUGUGUGUGUGUGUAUGUGUGUGUGUGUGUGUGUGUGUGUGUGUGUGUGUGUGUGUGUGUGUGUGUGUGUGUGUGUGUGUGUGUGUGUACAUGUAUAAUUAACCAAAAUAUCAGGAAAAUUUAUAUGUGCUUUCCUCUGGUUCCUGGAAAUAGAGCAACAUUAUGACCUUAUGGUCUUCCAGCAAAAGUCAGAUUUAAUUUCUGCAUUGCAGUGCAACUUAAUUAGCUACUGGAAUUAGAUUAUGGUCUAUUAAAUAGCUUUUUACCUUACAUUCAUGUUCUUACUUUUUAUUUACUAUUGAAGUAGUAUUUUUUUCUCAUGUGUGCAAGUAUCAUAUCAAUAAUCAUUGCAAUUCCACAAGGUGUCUUUGUUCUGAACAAGCAUGUUAUUCUUGUAAAGUUUUAAGUAUAAGUUAAGAUGUUUUGUACAGACCAAGGUAACUGUUAAAAUGUCAAGCAAUUACUGAAAUGUUGUAUAGUUAAAAAAGUUUGAUUUCUUUUGCUUUAUAUGUAUAAAAUUGUAUCUUGCCUGUUUUGCUUUGUAUUUCCAACGUGUUGCACAAUUAUGCAUUUUGUUUACAUUUGUUCCUUCUUCAGAAAAAAAAAAGAAAUAACAGUAAUACUUUAUGUACAAACAUUUUAAAUGUACUUUUGUUGUUUUUAAACACAAUGUCUCUGUAUAAAUAAUAUUGUUUGAGCUGGUACAUUCAUGUCUCUCAUGGAGGGAUUAAUUAUACUGCCAGUGCAUUGAAUUAUUUAAAAAAAAAAGUAAAAUAAAAUUUUUAUGAAAAUGUAA